CACCACUUCCCCACCUCGUGCCUUCGGUGCAUAUAUUGGGCAGCUCCAGGCACUCGCAGAAGCCGCAUCUGCCCCUCUCGCACCUGCUUCGAUCUCGCACUGGCCUCUCACCGGCGCCUCGAUCCCAGACCCACCAUCCCUAGCAGCGCACUGCGCAUCGUAGCGCUCGGCCUACCUCCUCACCUGCGCUCGACGCAGUUCCGCGUGCUCAGCACUCGACUGGCUGCGCGGCACGCACGCAAUCCAGCUCUCGUCGCUGGCUGCCGCCUCUUGCUCUCUCACCACCACCUCUAACUCCCAUCCACGAUGGUCGAGACGGACAUUCUCCCCGCGCUGCAGCGCGCCGCCGACUGGCUCGUCGACUCGCCGCUCAACGCCGUGUUCGCGCUCGUUGUCGCCGUCGUCGUCGCGCAUGUGAUCCCCUUCAUCACCGCCACGCACGCGAUCAGCUACCCCGGCCCGCUGCUGGCCAAAUUUUCGGACUUCUGGCUCGUGCGGCAGGCACAGAAGGGAAAGCGCUUCGUGGUGGUGCAUGAGCUGCACCAGAAGCACGGCAAGUUCGUGCGCCUGGCGCCGAAUCACAUCUCGAUUGCGGACCACCGUGCUCUGAACGCCGUGUACGGCCACGGCACCGGCACCAUGAAGUCGGAGUACUACGACGCAUUUGUCCCGCCGCGUCCCGCUGUGCGUGGCGUGUUCAACACGCGCGACCGCCAGGAGCAUAGCCGCAAGAGACGCAUCGUGGCGCACAGCUUCGCGCCCAAGAGCAUCAUCUCGUUUGAGGAGUUUAUUCGGCGCGAAGUCGCGCUGCUGCUGGAGCGCUGGGAUGAGUUCUGCGAUAAGGCGAAGAAGGAGGGCACCAAGGGCCCGCGCGGUCUGGUCGGAUACGCUUGGCUCGACAGUCUGCUCUGGCUCAACUACUUUGCUUUUGACACCAUCGGCACGCUCGCCUUUGGCAAGACAUUCGGCAUGCUCGAGAAUGGCAAGGACGAGGCGUCCGUCGACGUCGACGACGGCAAGGGCGGCUUCGUGACGUCGACGUGCAGUGCCGUCGAGACGAUCAACCUGCGCGGCGAGGUCAGCUCGACGCUGGGUCUCGUGCCUGUCUGGCUGCGCCCGCUCGUGCUCAAGCACCCCUGGUUCUCGCACCGCCUCCGUGCCGUCAAGACGCUGACCGGCAUUGCACUCGCGCGCGUCAACGACCGCCUCGAGAACGGCAGCGAGCGCGACGACCUGCUGGCCAAGCUGCAGGCUGCGACCGACGACAGUGGCCAGCCGAUGGGCAAGGCCGAGCUUACCGCCGAGGCGCUCACCCAGCUCAUCGCCGGCUCGGACACGACGAGCAACACUGCGUGCGCCAUCCUGCACCACCUCGGCACCACGCCGCGCGCCAUGAAGAAGCUGCAGGAGGAGCUGGACCGCGAGCUGCUCGACAAGGAGAUUGUCGACGAGUCGGGCGUGCCGCGCAUGGACGACGUCAACGAGCUGCCGUACCUGCAAGCCGUGCUGAGCGAGUCGCUGCGCUACCACAGCACCUCGUCGCUCGGCCUGCCGCGCAUCCUGCCGCCGCAGGGCGCCACCAUCUGCGGCCGCUUCUUCCCCGGCGGCUCCGUGCUCUCUGUCCCGGCAUACACGAUCCACCGCGACGCCGAGGUGUGGGGCAAGGACGCAGAGGAGUACAACCCCGACCGCUGGCUGCCCGAGGGCGCGCGCAAGGAGUUUGACAAGGCGUUUGUGCCUUUCAGCGUCGGUCCGCGCGCCUGUGUGGGACGCAACGUGGCCAUGGCCGAGCUCAGCAUCCUCAUCGCGGCCAUCAUCAUGCGCUACGACAUUGUGCUCGAGUCGCCCGAGAAGCCCCUCGAAAAGGUCGAGGGCUUCCUCGUCAAGCCGACGGAGCUGCAGAUUGGCCUCAAGCGCCGCCACUGAGCUGCCGCCGAGGCGUAGUUGUGUGCUAGUCUCCGUGCGUGCUGCCCCUCCACACCCUCAAUGCGAUGCCUUGUGCUCGA